UGCAGUAUUUCUUGUCGCUCGACCUUUACAGUCAUCACAACCAAAGAAAAGUUCCUUCCCGAAGAUUUUAUACAAAAUUGGACUUUAUAUUCAAAUUGAUUUAAAAUUUUGCAUACUAAAUAACAUACAGUAUGUGGUUAUGGGACUACUUAACAGGCAUGCUAAAUUACCUGGGUUUGUAUAAAAAAUCUGGCAAGCUAGUGUUCUUAGGAUUAGAUAAUGCUGGCAAAACAACACUACUUCAUAUGCUGAAAGAUGAUAGAAUGGCACAACACGUUCCAACUCUCCACCCAACAUCUGAAGAACUUUCAAUGGGUGGUAUGAGAUUUACUACAUUUGAUCUUGGGGGUCACAAACAAGCUCGUAGGAUAUGGAAGGAUUAUUUUCCUGCUGUGAAUGGCAUAGUCUUCAUCGUAGAUACUGCUGAUGUUAACCGAUUACCAGAGUCGAAAGCAGAAUUGGAUAGUCUGCUUGCGGAUGAACAACUCUCGCACUGCCCCGUGCUUAUAUUGGGGAAUAAAAUUGAUAUACCAGGUGCAGCUGGUGAGGAAUAUAUUCGACAAUACUUUGGACUUUACGGACAAACAACAGGACAAGCACCGCAAAAUGUUAGAGAAACAAAUCAAAGGCCCAUGGAGUUAUUCAUGUGCAGUGUUUUAAAACGACAAGGUUACGGGGAAGAAAUUCUAGAUGACAUACUCAAACCAUGGUCGCGAAUGUCACAUGUGUAAUUUUACUACAAUGAUGUUAACUGUUGUUACGAAACUCUGUCUAAAUAAUUAUUAAAGCAUCGUCAUAACAGUCUGUUGAUUUGUAAUAAUAGGUUAAAACGUAUAGUUCAACAUCAAUUGAAAUUUUUUUUCUAAAAUAUUAUAUUGCAUAUCAGGAGA